UACAAAGUAAUAAAUGAAAGUGGAACAUUUAUCCAUAAAGAGUUAUGUGAAUAAGAGACUAACAGUAAAUGGUUUUGAAUAAUUACUGAAUGUGUUUUCUGUGUCCAAGUUGAAUCAUCGGGGUUGGGCAAACCAACUAAUGUCCAAUUGCUCCGUCUACGAGUAUUUGUGUGGAUAUGAAUGAUAUUUUAUGUACCUAGGAUUUAAAACUGACAAGAGUUUUACAGAGCUUGUGUAUUGUAUCUGUUUGGCAGUGAAAAAAAUUAAAUAAUAUUUGUGAUCAAUAGUUUUCAGGUCAGUUAACGUACAAUUCAUUGUGAUUAUGUCCGAAGUGGUUUUCUCAGUGGAAUCGCUAUCAAGUGAUUAAUAUACGAUAGGAACAUUUAGUAUACGGGACUACGUCCUGUAUUCUUAAGGGUGAGAUACGACAAAUCUAAGAAAAAACGGCACAAAAAAGGAGUAAUAAAUAUUGCAGAAAUGUCUGCGAACUUGUUAGAAAAUUUUGCAGCGCUUCCUGCUGAUGUACGAGAAAAGUUGGCUGAGUUAGAUUUGGAAUUAUCUGAAGGCGACAUAACACAAAAGGGAUAUGAAAAGAAGCGAGCAAAGUUGCUGCAACCGUUUUUAAUACCAACAAAUGAAGGAAAUGAGGUCUUGAAAGAUGUGGAUAAGUGUGACAAACCCAUGCCUCCUUACUAUAAUAUUAAAACGCCGCAAUCGCAAAAUCAAAAGACUGUGAAAGAUGGAGCCUUAGUAUCAAGUGAGGGAUACAGUUAUGUAACUGAAGUUCCCUCUCUACCAUCAUCUCAUCAAAGACAUUCCAAUGCGUCUAAAAAGUCAGAAGGCAGCCAUCAUUCGAUGGGCAGUAGUGGAGGUGGAGGCAUUGGUAGUGGCCACAUAGAGAGAUCCGAGUCAAGCCAUCUACAUAGUAGGCAACGACGUACACAGCGAAAGAUUACACACAAUGAGAAACGUUAUCAUUCCGAAGUGCGACACGAGGCUGUGCAACAAGCUCUUGCAGCACUGAAAACACGACCAAAGCCUAGUCUGCCAAUGCCAUCGAAGAGAAGUUCUGUGCUCAAUCGAAGUCCGGACCGCAAUAAUGAUGACAUUGAUUCGUCAACUGAUGAAGAAUCCAUUCCUGAGGAAACAAUUUCUCCCGACAAGGAGUACAAUUAUCCGCGUGAUCACGUUAGCAAUAUUAUGGAGCCAAUUAUAAAACCACCCAUUCGAGACUCAUCAAUGGCUGGCGCACAAAAUAAGCAGAAAUACCCCGAACGGCGACCACCACAGAAUUUGCCACCAUUGCCAACUUUAGAUACAACCAGCACGGAGUCGCCACCAAAAGCUUAUAUGAAGGAAAAUACUGAUUUCAGUGAUAGCAAAGAUAAGCACAAGCCAUAUGCUGCACCAGAUAUUACACAAUUCAAUAAUACUCGCCAUGCCGCAGAUCGUGUGACGCGCUAUGUGAAUGUCUCACAAACCGAUCUUGGCGAAUCGGAUACGAAUGGCCGUUGGAAAGUAUCAGCCAAAAUUCAGCAACUGCUCAAUACACUAAAACGUCCUAAGCGACGACCAUUACCCGAAUUUUACGAAGACAACGAUAUCGAACUCGAAAUCGCCGCUAAUCCCAAAGAUCCAAAUGCGCCGAAACCCGAAGGUAGCAUUAUGACCGCUGUACAAGGUGAACAAUUGGCCGUCGCCGCGGGGCUGCCACGUUCGUUAGAGGCGGCACUACAGCGUUAUGGCGCAAACUCAUUUAAAUCGCCAAUGGCGACGGUACUAGAUCCGAAUGGAAAAAUCACCACUACUUUAACAUAUGGAAAAUUAUUGUCACGCGCACAAAAAAUUGCAUAUGCAUUAUCAACGAAAAUCUUCAGUAAGGGGCCAGAACAGAUUACCCUUAAGCCCGGCGAUCGCGUAGCUUUGGUUUACCCAAACAACGACCCAUUGAGUUUCAUUACUGCUUGGUAUGGCUGCAUGUUUCGCGGUCUUGUACCAUUGCCAAUCGAGUUGCCGCUCUCCAGUUCUGAUACACCGCCACAACAGGUCGGUUUUCUGCUUAGUUCAUGUGGCAUUACGGUGGCGUUAACUUCUGAGGCGUGCCUGAAAGGUUUGCCAAAAUCCGCCACCGGUGAGAUAGCGAAGUUGAAGGGCUGGCCACGCCUACAGUGGUUUGUAACUGAACAUCUGCCAAAGCCACCAAAAGACUUCAAUGUUGGAAACAUACGUAUUGAGGACUCGGCCACAGCAUACAUUGAGUAUACAACCGAUAAAGAGGGCAGUGUAAUGGGUGUCACAGUUACACGCUUGGCUAUGAUGAACCAUUGUCGCGCGCUCACCAUGGCUUGCCAUUACACCGAAGGUGAAACCAUAGUUUGUGUGUUGGAUUUUAAGCGCGAAGUUGGUUUAUGGCACGCUGUACUCACCUCAGUGUUGAAUGGGAUGCAUGUUCUAUUCAUACCUUAUGCUUUGAUGAAAUUGCGCCCCUCAUCAUGGAUGCAACUUAUCACGAAACAUCGCGCUUCCUGUUGUUUGGUGAAGAGUCGUGACUUGCAUUGGGGUCUAUUAGCUACAAAAGACCAUAAAGACAUAUCUUUGUCAUCGCUGCGUAUGCUGCUUGUUGCUGAUGGCGCUAAUCCAUGGUCGCUUUCGUCAUGUGAUCAAUUCUUAAAUGUGUUCCAGUCGAAAGGUUUGCGUUCGGAUGCGAUUUGUCCAUGUGCCAGUAGUUCAGAAGUAUUCACAGUAUCUCUGCGUCGUCCUGGACGCUCUUCGACCGGUUUUAGUCAAUCAGCAACUGGACGUGGUGUAUUAUCAAUGGCAGCUUUAUCGCACGGUGUGGUGCGUGUGGAUAGUGAAGACUCACUAACGUCGCUGACACUGCAAGAUUGCGGCCAAGUUAUGCCCGCUGCACAAAUGGUGGUCGUGCGUUCGGAAGGACUACCAGUGUUAUGUAAAACCGAUCAAGUUGGUGAAAUUUGUGUUACCAGUGGUUCCACGGGUAUCGCCUAUUUCGGUUUAGAUGGUCUAACCAACACAACAUUCAAAGUGCAGCCAUUACUCGAUGACCCGGAUACAACAAAAGAUGAAUCAGCAUUUAAACCGAUCACAGAUGACUAUUAUGUGCGUUCGGGUCUACUAGGUUUCCUCGGACCGGGCGGUUUGGUGUUCGUGUGCGGUUCACGCGACGGUUUAAUGACUGUAACGGGACGAAAGCAUAAUGCAGACGAUAUUAUCGCUACAGUAUUAGCUGUGGAACCUAUGCGUUUCAUAUAUCGCGGUCGCAUUGCCGUUUUCAGUAUUAAAGUGUUGAGAGAUGAACGUGUUUGUGUUAUCGCCGAACAGCGUCCAGAUUGUUCCGAAGAGGAAAGUUUCCAGUGGAUGUCACGUGUUUUACAAGCUGUCGAUUCCAUACAUCAAGUGGGCAUAUAUUGUUUAGCGCUCGUGCCACCAAAUCAUUUGCCGAAAACUCCAUUGGGCGGCAUUCAUUUAUGCGAGGCGCGUCGUCGCUUCCUAGAGGGUUCAUUGCAUCCAGCUAAUGUGCUAAUGUGUCCACACACAUGUGUUACUAAUCUACCAAAACCGCGUGAAAUACAUCAAGGUGUACAAACUGCAACUGCAAAAAUAAGCUCAUCUGGAUGUGGUAUUACAGACACGUCUGUUGGGCCAGCCUCAGUGAUGGUUGGAAAUUUAGUGCAGGGCAACCGUUUAGCCAUCGCGCAAGGACGGGACAUCGGCUUAUCUGAGGAGAAUGAACGUAAGCAUCAAUUAAUAACUGGCGUGUUGCGUUGGCGUGCAAAUACCUCACCGGAUCAUAUCAUUUUUACGUUAUUGAAUUCGAAAGGUGCUAUUGCGAAAACUUUGACAUGCUCCGAAUUGCAUAAAAGAGCUGAGAAAAUAGCAGCUCUUUUGCAAGAACGAGGACGUAUUGAACCUGGUGAUCAUGUUGCUUUAAUAUUUCCACCCGGCUUGGAUUUAUUGUGCGCCUUCUAUGGGUGUCUCUAUUUGGCUGCUAUUCCAAUCACUAUUCGACCACCACAUCCACAAAAUCUUAUAACCACCCUACCAACUGUACGCAUGAUUGUUGAUGUGUCGAAGAGUGUUAUUGUGCUGUCUAUACAACCGAUAAUAAAAUUACUGAAGUCGCGCGAAGCAGCUGCCUCCAUCGAUCCGAAGACCUGGCCACCCAUAUUGGAUAUUGACGACAAUCCAAAACGGAAAUUAAUGUCAAUUGCUAACGCACCGUUAGACUCGACGGCAUACUUGGAUUUUAGUGUAUCCACUUGUGGACGCUUAAGUGGUGUUAACAUCACGCAUCGUUCCCUUUCUAGUCUUUGCGCAAGCUUGAAAUUAGCCUGCGAACUAUAUCCUUCUCGUCACGUGGCCCUCUGCCUGGAUCCAUAUUGUGGUCUAGGCUUCGCUAUGUGGACCUUAAUUGGUGUGUAUAGCGGUCAUCAUUCGAUACUCAUUGCACCCUACGAAGUUGAAACGAAUCCCAGUCUUUGGCUAUCCACACUAUCGCAUUAUCGUGUGCGUGACACCUUCUGUUCGUAUGGCGUCAUCGAGUUAUGCACAAAAGCGCUUAGCAAUUCCAUACCAAUGCUCAAGCAACGUAACGUCGACUUGCGUUGUGUGCGCACAUGCGUUGUGGUGGCUGAGGAGCGUCCACGGGUACAAUUGACACAACAAUUUUGUAAACUCUUCCAAGCGCUCGGUUUGAAUACGCGCUGUGUAUCCACCUCUUUCGGUUGUCGUGUCAAUCCAGCAAUUUGUGUACAAGGCGCGAGCUCGGCGGAGAGCGCUCAGGUCUAUGUGGAUUUGCGUGCGCUACGCAAUAAUCGUGUAGCGCUAGUGGAGCGCGGUGCACCAAACUCGUUGUGUCUCAUCGAAUCGGGUAAACUAUUGCCUGGCGUGAAAGUGAUCAUAGCCAAUCCGGAGACGAAGGGUCACUGUGGGGACUCCCACUUGGGUGAGAUUUGGGUACAAUCACCACACAACGCUAAUGGUUACUUCACAAUUUAUGGCGAUGAAACCGACUACAAUGAUCAUUUCAACGCUAAAUUAGUGACCGGCGCAACAACCGAAGUCUACGCACGUACUGGCUAUUUGGGCUUCUUGCGACGCACCGAAUGCUCGCAAGCCGUUUCAAUUUUAGACGAAACCACACCCAGUGUGGCCAGCCGCGACAGCGACAAUGAAUCGAUCAAUUCGAUGAGUCAGUUACACUUGAAUUUUUCUUCAAUGUCGACGGGACCACAAGCACCCAGCAUCAGCGGUGAUCCCAGCUCAGUAACUAAUCUGAAUGAUCAGGAGCUACACGAUGCUGUUUACGUGGUGGGCGCUUUGGAUGAGGUCAUUACAUUGCGUGGCAUGAACUAUCAUCCCAUUGAUAUAGAGAAUUCAGUGUUGAGGUGUCAUAAGAAAAUCGCAGAGUGUGCUGUUUUCACCUGGACCAAUUUAUUGGUUGUUGUUGUUGAGCUAGAUGGCAAUGAAUCUGAGGCAUUGGACUUGGUACCGUUAGUUACUAAUACGGUCUUAGAAGAGCACCAAUUGAUUGUUGGCGUUGUCGUAGUGGUCGAUCCAGGUGUUGUGCCCAUCAAUAGUCGCGGCGAAAAACAACGAAUGCAUUUACGUGAUGGUUUUUUGGCUGAUCAACUUGAUCCCAUAUAUGUUGCAUACAAUAUGUAAAUAUCCAUACCAAUAGUUAUAUAACAAACAUACAUACAUAAAUGCAUACAAUACGUACAUACAUACAUACUAUAUAUGACGA